GAGAACGAACUCUGUCGUCGUCUGCACCGGAAUGGACUGGGGGCGAAAAAGAUCAGCAAGGCCACCGGGCGAUCUCAGUCCACAGUGCCCCGGCACCUCUUCAAGAAACACAGGCCUGCAAUGCCAAGAAGACGCCCGAAGGCGUUCGUGAACAUUGUAAAAAAGUUUCUGGCAGCGCAGAAAGCGCACGGUAGGCUCCUCCGCAAGUCCAAGGGCCUCUCGGAGGUCACGGCGGCCAUGGUUAAAGAUGAACUGGGGGAGUCGUGCUCCACCCGGACCCUCCAGCGGGCGUUCUGGGAACACGACGUGCACUUCCGACCUUUGUGCGAAAAAAACGAUUUGACCCCAGAGGGCACGAAGGAACGCGUGGAGGGGGCGGAACGCCACGGCCACCGAAUUCCGGGGCAGUGGGGUCGUUACGUCUAUGCUUUCAAAAACAGCAAAGUCUUCCCUGUUUACACGCGCGGGACGUUCCGCAGAGCUGCCGCGAAGCGUUUGGUGCGGGGGUCCUACAGGACCCGCAAGAGAGUGUUCACCACCGGGUACGUCGAGCCAAAGAACUUCAAAAUACCGAAGAACAGUGCUGGGACCAAUUCCGUUUCCGUGACGUGCGCCAUCAGGUCCGAGAAGGGUUCUGGCGUGUGCUGGAAUAUCGACAACGACCCGACAGGGUACAAGAACAGCGAAGGCCUCGAGGCGAAAACAGCCCACGUGAUCCAAACUUUGGACCUGCCCAGACGGUGGCCAGAUUUGAACCCUCUGGACUUUGCGUUCUGGGCCGACUUGAAUCGGCGGAUGCGCGACGCCGAGAGGGCGCGGCCGGCGCCCCGACGCGAGGCCCGCGCCGAGUGCGUGGAGCGGUUCCGCCGCGCCGCCAUGCCCACCCCGCUGGAGUUCCUCGCCCGGAUCACCAGAACAUUCACGGAGCGGCGCGCGAAGCUCGCGCAUCCGCUGCGCCCGCGCCUCC